AUGUAGUCUCUGCCCAGCCAAUCCCCUUCCACCGACUACACGCUUCCUAUUCGCUGCAUUGAGUCUGUUCUUUUGAUCAGGCCAGACUCUAAUUGUCUUUUACCUGCACAGAAUUUAGCCAUCAUAGCUGGUCUGCAUCGCUUCUGCCGAAGGCUUGUACUGCCCGAGGCCGGGCUAUACUUUCGUGCUUUAGCAUCCUUUAUCGAUCUCCAGACACCCCCUAUGGCUGGUUAUUUCACAUCCAGUCUUCCAAGUGGUACUUCUGCAGGCUGGGCUGAACAAGAGGUGGCUGAGAAGCAUUUCGAUGCCUGCGAGUUCCUGCGGCCUACUAAGACUCGAGCUAUGGUGAAUCUGUUUCUUGCUCCGCUCCAAUUGCCCUCUGUGCCAGCGUCCUCAUUACAACCCGCAGCAUUAUGCAUUACUUCGACAUCUGUGGAUGAGGACGCCUUUCUUAUUUCCGCAUUGAAUGGUAUCCUGCUGCCUUGGCCUAGGUAUCGCCAUCUAAUCAGUGCCCGGAUC